AUGCCUACAUUUUGCUGUAAAGUCCUACAUGCCAUUGACUCUAUCACUCAAGAAGAUGUAUAUUUGACAAGAUGGAAAUCUGGAAAAAGAAGUUUGCUUAUUUUCUCUUCCCUUGUCACCCGGCACAGGAAACAUUCUGACAAGUUGAUGCUAGAUAUUAUCAAUAAUGCUCUAAACAUAGUCAAAUUUAGCAAAAACACCAGCAGACUUCCUUUCCUUUUAGAAAGAAUUCUCUCCCUAGGUUUUGAUGUAAUUUCGAAUGUGCUGGAGACUGGCCCUGGAUGGCGGUUAGUUUCCCCACAUUUUACAACUCUAUUGGAAUCUGCAAUCUUUCCAGCACUGAUACUGAAUGAGAAAGACAUGUCAGAGUGGGAAGAAGAUGCUGAUGAGUAUAUACGGAAAAAUCUCCCAUCGGAUAUUGAUGAAAUUAGUGGAUGGAGAGAGGAUUUAUUCACUGCCAGAAAAAGUGCAGUAAAUUUACUUGGUGUUAUUUCAAUGUCAAAGGGGCCACCAAUGGAGACUUCCACCAACAGUUUAUCAGCCAAACGUAAAAAGGGUCAAAAGAACAAAAGAAUCAAUCAGCGCCGUUCUAUGGGGGAGUUAUUGGUGCUUCCAUUUUUGUCCAAGUUUCCCAUUCCUUCUAAUUCCAACGUGUCUCAAAAAAAAGUCCUGAAUGAUUACUUUGGCGUACUGAUGGCAUAUGGCGGUCUGCAAGAAUUUUUGAGAGAUCAAGAAUCUGGCUUUGUGACAAUUCUCAUCCGGACACGGAUUUUGCCACUGUAUACCAUAGCUGUUUCUGUACCAUUCCUCAUUGCAAGUGCAAACUGGGUACUUGGAGAACUAGGCUCCUGUCUACCAGAGGAGAUGAGUGCUGAUGUAUAUUCUCAAUUGCUUAUGGCAUUGGUUAUGCCGGAUACGCGGGAUACUUCUUGCUAUCCUGUGCGUGUUUCUGCUGCUGGGGCAAUAACUACACUACUUGAUAAUGACUAUAUGCCCCCUGAUUUUCUACCCCUUCUGCAAGUAAUAGUUAGCAACAUUGGAAAUGAUGAGAAUGAUAGCUCCAUCUUAUUUCAGCUUCUCAGUUCUAUCAUGGAAGUUGGAGAGGAGAAAGUUUCAGUUCAUAUCCCACACAUCAUCCCAUCUCUCGUGGGUUCAGUCUCAAAAUGGUUAACUACCAAUUUGGAGCCUUGGCCUCAGGUGGUUGAGUGUGGAAUCGCUGCUCUGGCAGUUAUGGGUCAGACAUGGGAAGACUCUAGGCCAGAAGUAUCUGAUUCUGAAUCAAAUGAUUUGCAAGAAAAGUGGGCUGCGGAUCAGACGGCAAUUGGCAGAGCUUUUGCUGCACUGUUGCAGCAGGUUUGGCUAACACCUUUAUCCACACAGGAUCAACAAGACCAGAAUUAUCCGACUUCAUGCAUAGAAGAUUUGUCAACUUUGCUACGGUCUGUCAUACUCUCUAUUGAUUCAAGCCACUUGAUUCAAGAGCUGAAAGUGUCUGAGCUGCUGUCAGUUUGGGCUGAAAUGAUUGCAGAGUGGAACACAUGGGAAGAAUCAGAAGAUUUGUCAAUUUUUGAUGUGAUUAAGGAAAUCGUGAAUUUAGAUUGUUCAUACAGGCUGAAAAAUUUCCUUGUAAAAGAGGUUCCACCCCCUCCAGCUCCACCAGUGCCUGACCGUUCAAUUGUAGAAGGAAUUGGAACUUUUGUUAGGGAUGCCAUUAAGCAAUAUCCUUCUGCCAUGUAUAGAGCUUGCUCGUGUGUCCAUACAUUACUACACUGUCCAACCUACUCAAUUGAAACUGAAGGGGUAAAACAGUCAUUGGCAAUUGUUUUUAGUCGGGCAGCCUUCUCUCGCUUUGUUGAAAUUCGAAGUACACCCAAUUCACUCUGGAAGCCUCUAUUGCUUGCUAUAUCUUCAUGCUAUCUGUGUUAUCCUGAAGUUGUAGAAGGUAUUAUUGAAAAAAGUGAAGCGGGAGGUAUCAUAAUUUGGGCAUCUGCAUUGUGUCAUGUAUCCAGUAGCUCUUUUGAGGCUGCUGGUCUGACAACAGAGUCAGAGAUGAAGUUAAUUGUGUUGACACUGGCGCGGUUGAUUGAGCAAUUUCUGAAACAAGGGAAGCCGUGUCGUGAUUCAUUUCACAACUACUUAACUUCACUAAUGGAGGUAUCCAUUCAGUUGAAAGAAUUACAGGAUGAGAAAGGAGAUGAAGAAGAGGUUGAAGAUGAUGAUGAUGAUGCCGAGGAUGAGGAUAGUGACGAUGAUGACUCUGAAGAUUAUGAUGAGGACUCCGAGGUUGAAGAAUAUGAAGAAACACAAGAAGAAUUUCUUGAAAGGUAUGCUAAAGCUGCUGUGGCACUGGAAGAUGAUUUAGUUAUUGAAGAGGGGGAUGUUGAAGAUGAAGAACUAGAUAUGGAAUUAGGUCAAUUACUUGAUGUUGAUGAGCAAAAAGUUGUAUUGUCCUUGAUAGACAAAUACCAUCAUGUGCUAAUACAAGGACAAGGUUUGCCCUCGCAGGUCAUCGCGAGUUUUCUGAAUGCCUUCCCCGAGUAUGGUUUGUAUUUCCAGCAAAACUGA